UUCUGCCUGCCUUCCAGAAGUUUAGCCACAGUGCAAUGAGAAUGUAUCUUUCAGAUAGGCAAUAACUAGCCUUCAAGUGUGCUCUGCUGGACUGGAAAUCGUUGAGCAAGUCUGCAUGUGGCGUCCGCUUGUUUUCUAUAGAAGCUGACCACCUCAGCUGCUGCUACACUAUACUGUGCAGCACUGUGAAAUCACGAAAUCGCUCCUCCCUAACCAAAUGAGGCCGGUACGGUGCUCCAGGGUGCUGCCCCGUAUAAGGUGAAGAGAAGAAAGGCGUACAGCAGGCAGGGCAAAAGCAGCGAGCAGAGGAGGGCGAAUAUCGAGACACAAUUCUUGCGACGCAGACGACCCCGAGCGACGCGCAAGAGAAGGUGAAGCGUCGCGAAAAUAUAUAAGAAAAGGAAAGGACUAAACGGACGAAACCACAAAAAAAGGUUGACGAAGCCACACACAUGCGGGCACGCGCUCGCGGGAGAGAGGCGACGAGCAGGUUGGGAGGGUGUUUUCGCGCCUCUCGCCAAACGCCGUCGCUUGCCGCCGCCGAAGCUCUCCCAGUUUCCAGUCGGAAAGGAGUGGGUGCUACGGGGCAGCUCUUUCCUACGCCGUCGCCGCCCUUUCUCCGUCCGGACGGAAAGACGCGGGAGCAGCGGCCCACACGGGCUGCGCUAGGCAAACGCGACAGCGGACCCAACCGCGCCGGUCGUCGGCGUCGACGCGAGAGAGCGCUUCCCAACGCGAGGAAGAAGGUGCUGCCGGCAGAUCUCGCCGGGCUGUCAGACUGUCCGCGCUCCGGAGGUGGCGGAGGAUAUGUCCGCUGCGUUCGUUCAAGCUAGCACUGUCGUACUCGUCGUCUCAAGUGUGUCUGCAUGACACGGCAGUCGCGGGAUUUCUACGGCUGCCAAGGUCGAUCAGCUACAGCGUGGCGUUUAGUUUCUGUGAUCUGCGAUCUGUGAUGCUUGUGUAAGUUGGCCACCACCAAGCAUGGCCUGACGCGGCGAUGGACGAGUCCCCGUUACAGCAUUUGCCAUCAGCAAAACAUUUCACCACGGUCUGCGGCGACCGCCUGUUGUGACAAACGUGUGUUCUUAACUCCGUCGAAGCUUCAACUCACCUGUGUCGGCUCUUCUGAUUGUCGAGACACUUUGCGGUGUCAAACUCAAACCCGGACGCAGACGACGUGUAGUGGUGCUUGAGUGUCGAAACAGUGUGUGGCCGGUGUUAUAUUUGAAGCCCCGUUUGUUUCGUUUGCACCGGGUUGAACUUUUUUCGUCGGCGUUGAAACGCUGACGUAGCGCUUGCGGACAGUCAAGUGUUCACCAGUCAGCAGUGAGCGCACUUACGUUUCGCUUUCUAUCAGUUCUUCGCGACGCCCACAGCAUCUGCAGACGUUGCCCAAAACUACAACGUUGGAAGCCCACACACACGGGACACACGCAGUGGUUGUUGUUCCGUCGUCCGGAAAGCCUGCCAGCUUUUUGUGUGUAUUUGUUCGCGUGUUUCGUCUGCCACAGCACUGCCGUCGAUCUCUGCCACUUUCGCCUGCGGUACACGUCGGUUUCGUCUGCUCGCAGCUGUCGGUGUCUUCUGCUAGCAGACGUCAGUUUCGUCUGCGCCGUUUUCCAUCUUCGCUUCCCAUACUGAAGCCCUGUGCUACGUAGACGUUUGGAUUGUUUUGGUGCCGUGGGAAGCCGAGUUAUUUUCUUCUUGGCAUUAUUUUUUUUUCCGCGUGCUCAAGCGUCGACUGGGGACCUGAUCAAUCACUGGGAGCAUCGGACGUCGGUUCGCUGCGCUCUCAACCGCAACCGUGUGAGCGGCACCAGAAGCCAGCGACCGUGGUGACUGCGAGUGCAUCGGUCCUGAUAUCUGGAGCGAUUACCUGACCUCGCAUGGCAAGGAGGCACCCCUGAACCGAGACCAUCGCCCAAGGGAAUGCUGUUGUCUCCCGUCGGUCCCCGCCCUCUACCCCACUCGUCUCGCUCGGCCACGUCCUCCUCCUUCCCCAUCGUCCCGUCGUCGUCCCUCACGCCGGUGACGCCAUGUCGCUGAGCUCGAAGAACACCGACGGCUCCCCGCGCAGCAGCGGCAGCAGCUGGCAGCCGGGGCUCCCACCGCGGGAGUUCGUGCGCCGGGUGCCGCUGCCCCAGGUGGUGCGCAUCGCCGAGCGGGUCCACUCGCCUUCGAGCCUGGACCUGAGCCAGCCGCUGGUGCUGUACGGCGCCUACCGGUGCCGCAAGGUGCACGCGCGCUCCCUGGCGCCCGACGCGCGCAGCUCGGGGCGGCUCGGCACCACGGGCCCGCCGCUCGUCAUCCCGGACAGCUACGCUGGUUGGUUCGCCAUAAUCUCUGAGGACGGCCACACGGCGGGCUACUUCAGCUGCCUGGAGCAGGUGGCGCUGGCGCAGGUGUCGCACUUCCUGGCCAGGGAGCCUCUGCAGGGUUACCGGCUGCUGGGCCACAGCCACGAGACCGGCAGGGCCGAGUACAGCCGCACCGUGGUUCUCCCUGGCCAGGUGCUGGGCUUCCUGGGCGUGUACGAAGACGUCAACAUCCGGGCCACGUGCGUCGGCAUGCUGCGCCCCGCGCCGGCCGAGUGCCGCUACGCGAAGUGCUGCCACGGGGCCACGGGCGACGUGGUCUUCGUGCCGCUCGCCUCGCGCGGCAAAUUCUACUCGGUGGCGCGCCGGUCGUCCCGCUCGCCGAACCACGUGUUCCCGCUGGCGCAGCUGCUGCGCUUCGCCAGGGUGCCGCUCACCGUGCGCCUCGUGUGCGGCCCGCUGCUGCGCACGCCCACGGGAUUCACCGGAAUCCUCAGGCUGGAGCACGUGCAGGAACAAGAGGUGGUACUCGCCUGCAGCCUCCAGGAAGGUCGGCCCACACUGCUGGAAAUCGACAUGGGCUCCACCUUCUCGUUCAUGCCGGAGCGCGACUCGCGCAAGAUGGGCAAGUCGAGCCAGCUGUACAACCGCAUGCUGCGUCACUGCCUCGAGGAGGCCGACAGAUGGCGCAGCGAAAUCAAGGUGGCGCAUCACGUGGUGCCCAAGCACCAGCUGCAGGCGCCGGGCCGAGCGACGGCCCUCAAGAAAUCCCUCUCUUCGGCGAGCAAGAAGUCGGCCUGCUCGUUCGCCGACUUGCCUUCUUCGUCCGGCGUCCCCACGCUCAAGUCCCAGAUGUCCACGUCGUCCAAGAAGUCCUCCGCGUCCUCGACGUCGAGCAACCCGUUCAAGAGGCUCUGGUCCCUGCACAGGUCGUCCUCUUCGAAGAAGGCCAGCGCGGCAGCCAAGUUCGGUGACGGCUCCGAGACGACCGACGAGUUCGAGAAGCUCGGGAUGUUCCGGACGGUCGGGCCAAACGCUUCCACAAGGCUGUUCGCGUCCACGACAGACCACAUAUACGAGUCCAUACCGAGACCCCGCGCCACUCGGACCCCCCGGUACCUGAUGGCCAGGGACGUGCUUCCCAUCAAGGCUGCCAAGGACUUCGAGCCAGUGGGCGAUGACGGCUACGGAACGUCGCACAUGGACAGUGACUCCGUCUAUGACUCGAUUUCGUAGCCUCCCUCCACUGUUUUAACGUGCGGGCCUUUUCUUUAUUUGUUGGUGCUUGCUUGCUUGGACAACCCGUGACACUCCACGUGGUUUGAUGGCGGAACUCUUGUGGCAUUCGUCUCAGAAUGGUGGUCUGGAACCACGAGUGCCUGUUCGUGAAAAUCAAGCAGAAGUGCUGUACACGACUUCCUUCAGCAGUUUACGCCAACUGUAGAGUGGUUGAAAAAGGAUGUCCGCACACAGGCGUUUUGAGACAGCUCCCUUGCCCAGUUUCUAUGUCAUCAAGAAGUGUCGUGUGAUGCAGGGCAGUUCAAGGUGCAUUAGCUUUCCCAAGGCAUACGACACACACAAGCAAGUCGAUAGUGGAGUAGAGCGCAACCGCAGUAUGGCCAUCAUCAUGGCUGUAAGGUUAGGGCAUGCCACAUGGACAACCUGUGAAUAGGACGAAGUGCCACAAGAGCUAGGCAGCUUGGCACAAGCACAAAGAAUUCAAGCACCAGCGAUACAGACUGUAAAAUGAUUUUGUGAAGUGCUGAAAACUAGCAGUGAGCAAAGCUACAGUCGCUUGUUCCAAGUUCUUAGAGCUGUUUCAUCCAGUGCAUAAAGACUGAAGCCGACGAAUACUAAGGGCACUUCACACAAUGUGCAUUGUGACAUUUGGGACCAUGUGUUUGUUUUAAUACUAGGAGUAUAUUCAUGCAGUUGCAGAUCUUUUCUGAAGACAUGCGAGAAUAAGGAUGUUGCACGCAACAGAAAAUGUGCCUUAGGGUGGCCCCAAGUCUGCUAUAAGCAGCGCCAUUAGAAUUCAAAUCUUGUGCUUACAGUGAAGAUUUCUUUUGGAACUAAGAAUGUCACUAUGAAUCACUUAGUUUAUUGAAAUUUCAGCAACAUAUUUGCUCACUACUUUAUAAUAUUUGUAACAAAGGGCUUCACUUGGAGUAUAACUUGGGAGAACUAGUGUGACAUGCUCGACCUCAACCUACAUGAACAAGGACUUAAAAAAACGUCUCAACCUUUGCUUCUAACAUCACUUGCACCAUGGCUGAGUGAACUUAAGCACUGUCACCUGACUUAAGUAUUUCAACUGACUCAUUUUUCCAUCACUUCUGGCUCAUAAAGAGUCUGCUGAUGGUAAGAUUGCUUUGUGAUUUGACAAGUGUAUGCUACUGCAGCUUAGGUUAACAUUUCUAUACAAAGAUGCUGUAAUGCAAGAUCACUGUAAACAAAAUGCAUUGGUUUCAACCCCAUUCAAUGUCAUUUUGGAAUAUUGCUUGUAUUUAGGACAUAUGUUGUAAUGCUCAGAAGAAAAAUUGUGCUUCAAUAAUUCAACAUUUAGGUCCAUACCAUUUCGUUAUGCAUUCAAAGCAGCAGUUUGUGGGAAAGAAGCGUAAAAAUUCCACAUAAUCACAAAUUCCUGUUUCUACACUUGUGAUCAAUAUAUGUUUGCUUUAUGCGGUUAAUAGUGAAACCGACAGAGAUGCUCGAUAUAGUAGAUCCCUUUUGAGUUAAAUUUGUGGAAAAGCAAGCAACAUAGUACAUAUGGCUGGUAUCCUAAGAGCAUGUGAGAACAGUCCAAAGCAAGCAUUAAGACACUAAAUCUAUUUAUGCUAGCAGAUUCAAGAUUCUGUUGGCAUUCCUCGGUGGAAAACACGAAGUAUUCAGGAAGACAAACUUUAGUUCUUGCAUUCUGAGCCUGAGCUGUUUGUUGUAUCUGACAUCGAUGAUGUCACGAAUUACAUGGCAUUUCCACACACUUGAGCUUCUUUUGUGCAGAUCAAGGCCACAAAAGUUCACAGGUUCAUUUGCCUUCUCGGAAAUGCAGUUUUUUUUGUAGCCAAGCACUUGACUCCCACCCAGCAGAUGCAUACAGGUGCUGGAACUUCCCUGUAAGGUCGCCACCUGUCCUUUUUUCCCCAUCUUUUCUGUCUUGCAGAGCUGAUGGCAAGAUUGAGUUGGGAUUUAAUAAGUUUAUUCGCCCGCUGCUUAGGUUAUUUCUACUGAUGUUCCUCCAAGGGCACAGAGAUAGUUCCACCCACUGGCACUAGCAUAGACAAGUGUGGAUACUACGAUGGAUAAUGAAGUUUAGUGGAAAGCGAAAGUGAAGUGAAUCUUAACACAAGUUGCUGUAUAAACCUGACAUGUUAGUGAUCAUUGCAGCAGCUCUGCUGCUCGCAAUCAUCCAGCAGUAAUGUUUCAUAUUGCUAGCUCUGCAUAUGAGCCACACAGCACCUUGCUAGUUCAUGUAUGUUGUAGUACUAAUGGCUAAACAACUAAGAUAACAAAAGCAGUAAGUGCUUACUGGCUCAGCAACUACCAUGACCAUCUUGUGCAUGUAGAAUUAACUCGCUACAUUUGAGCUCACAAGUUGAGGAUAUACCACAGAAUUAAGGCAAACUCAAACCUUGCAGCAACACUUGCAAAUGUCUGCAGCUAACUGCAAGCAUGCAUGAGGAGGUCACGGGGCACGUAUUCGUUAUACCGUUUCUUUUUUUUUUUGCAUUUAAACACUGAACAUUUGACUGCCAGCGCAUCAACUAUAAUGCAACAUAGAGUCUCACUUCGCACACAGUGAAUCUGCUUGCUUUUCUAUAAACUCCACAGAACUGAAUGUGUCCACUUAUUCACAUAGGACAAUUGUACAGUUGCAUUAACAGCCAUGUACAAACAAGCUUGUUUUAAGCAGCCAUCAGUCCAUCUUCAUGCGUGUAGCCCGAUUUCUUCCCAUUGCAUCUUUAAAUGCGUAUCUGUUGCAAUUGCAAGAGGAGUAUGCUCACAGCAACGCCAUGGCUUCAGUUUGUACAAAGCACGUCUUCUAGUACAGUCAUGUGGCCUGAUGGCGAGAUCAGCAGACUACAGCCACCAACUAGGAAUAAUGACAUUAGGCAUGCCUACUUGCAGCAAGAAUGCUUUGAGAAUUUUUCCCCUCAAGUCCCUAAUAUAAACAAAUGUCAGUGCAAGAAAAUUAGUGCUGUCGUGAUACAUUUGACAGGUGUACAGGCUUACAGAGUGCAUAGCUGUAGCAGUCGCAUAGCCCGGAGCACUUUUCCUAUGAAACAAGAAAGCUUUGCCCAUCAUACGGCACGACCUUGCAAGCUUGCAAGGGUUGCACAUUCGUGAAGUAUUCUUCCUUUGCCUCUUUAAGCGCACAAUAUUGCCACUGCUGCAUUUCUAGGCAGCCGAGACUUGCAAAAGCAUGCGCACGUCAAAUCCACGUUGGAGCACGGUUCCCACUUUUCCACCGAUGACAUCGUUGCAUUUCACUUGCCUGCUCAAAACAGAAAUUGUGAAACUUGCAUGGCAAGCAAAGCUAUAGUACUUGCAGAAAGAAGUAAUGCAAGCACAAGUUUGUGAACAUGCUCACAGCCAUGCCAAGCUACUUGCAAACGUUAUUUCUUGAAAAGGACUAUAUUUAGUGCAAGACCGCUACCAGAUCACUAUUCUUGAGCACAAGAGGUGAGCUGCCGAGGAGGAAUCUUGUCACGCUUACAGGAAACAAGUAAAACGCAGAAAAAGAAAGUCUGGAAGGUUGCUGCUAUACAGCAAUUUGUUUUCAACGAAGAUGCCGCUGUGAUGAAGUGUCUUAACAAAUUGCAUUUUGCUACGCAGAAAAAUGCCAUUUACACUUGUCUGUUGAAUAAAAUGGGUAACAAAUGA